AGGUCGACAGCAACGAAUUCCACAGGGCUUGGUUUCUUAUGGCUCCGUUGAUAUCAUUAACGACUGCGUUAUGUCGGUACUUGAACAGCAUCCCUCUUCCAUUUCCUAAGGUUAUAUAUACUCUGAGCAGCAUGAGAUCUAUGAAAUAUAACCUUCUGUACUUCUGUAUUCGUGCCGUAAUUUAUCAGCGGCUAACCCAGAUGGGCGAAAUAUCACACGGCAAUUCGCAAUGUGCGGCAGUUGGCCAAUCAGAACGCGUUCUACAGCCGCCGGUGUGAUGAGUCGCUUAACUGCCCACGCUAAGUUCUAUUCAGCUUAGACCCUUUACACACCCUGUCACACUAAACUCUCUUUGGACAAGGCGCUUGGCGGCGGCUCGCAAUCUCCAACCAUCCAACUUCCGACUCUUCGCUCGCUCUUCUUUCUCCCUUCCUCCAAAACUCUCCCUCCGCCAAACCCGUGCCUCUCAUUCUCCCGCAGCACAUCCCCUUCCCGCCCUCCCCCCACAACCACAAACACUCUUUUAUGCCUUCAUAUUGUUGCUUGCUACGUGCUUCUGCCUCGGGGCCACCAAGCUAUGGAUCGUAAGUUUUUAUCUGUCCCUUUACCCAUCUGCAAAAUACGUCUCCCGCGCCUCGCUUGUGUACCUCUCCAUUGAUCCUCGACCCACACCCUCCUACGCUUGGACACUCUUCGUUUUGAUGAUGAGUGUCUUCUGCCGCUUGCUACAUUGAUGGAAUCGAUGUGCUAGUAGCAUGGUGCUCCCAUCCGCCUCGAUGACGUCUACCCUGGCAAACGGUCACCAGUCCCCCGUCGCAAAUGAUGUCCAGGUUAUAGAUGAGAAUCCAUCGAUACCAACCUUCGAUAAUCUGUCCGACUUGUCUGAAACAAGUCCCGACGAGCAAGAUGCUUCCGACGAAGAUGCAGAUCAUGACCAGAGCGGGGAUGCGGAGUCGGAUGCCGCAGAGGAGUUUAAUCCGGAGAUGAGUUCGGACUCCUCAGACAAUGAGGAUGAUCUCGAUGGUCAAGCUUCUCCAGCUGCUCAACACCAUAUUGCUGAGGAUGAAAGCGAUUCCGCCACUGAAGACGUUUCCGACGCGCAAGCCGCCUCGUUCUCUGGCAACUCAUCGACCCAUAACCAAAAGAAGGGCACAAAACGAAAAUCUCCCAUAAUCGACGAUGACUUUAUAAGAAACAAUCCAAGCCUCUACGGCUUACGUCGAAGUGGCCGCUCAAGAUCCAUUCGUCAAAAUGUCCAGACUACCUCCGAUUCCGACUCUGAAGCCGUCGCACCUCCUUCAAAGCGGAGACGCCGUACACCAAAUCGCCCAUCCAAACAACUCUCUCGCUCUCAGUCCAUUGAUUCCGUGUCUGAUUCUGAUAGUGAUGAAUAUCAGGGUUCGCGUAGUAGAACCUCAAAAGCAAAACGUCGACGGAUGGCGCAAUCCUCCGAUAACCUAAUACCUGCACAUGCCGAAAUUCGCUUUUCAACUAGACGUGCGAAUAGAGUAUCAAAUUAUAACGAAGAUGAUGACGAUGAUGACUUUGAAGAUGAAUCGGAAAUGAUGACACCGGGAGACUGGGUGACUGCGGUCGAUGAUACAACCCCAGCCAUUGAUGUAGUACUAAAUCACAGGUUUAAGGAAGGCAUUGAUCUUUCCCGAGAUGAUCUUAGUCGAGAUGACUUUGAGUUCUACAUCAAAUGGCAAGGGAAAUCCCACUACCAUGCAACAUGGGAGACCGUGGCAUCCCUUGCGAGCUGUAGGAGCGUGCGCCGAUUAGACAAUUACAUUCGCAAGAUCCUGACCCUAGAGAUACAGUACGCAAGAGACCCCGAAAUCAUUCCUGAGGAGAAAGAAAAAUGGAACCUUGACCGGGAACGUGAUGUGGAUGCUAUAGAAGAUUAUAAAAAAGCAGAGCGUGUCAUCGGCUCUCGUGAGAUAGACGGUGAAACUGAAUACUACGUCAAAUGGAAACGACUCUUCUAUGACUACUGUACAUGGGAACCCGCGUCCCUAGUCAGCGAGAUCGCUCAGCGGGAGAUCGACCGCUAUCUCGACCGCACCUCUCACCCACCCAUUUCUAGCAAAUCGGAAUCAAACCCCUUAACCCGAGCCCACUUUGAGCCUAUUCACGGGACCCCGAGCUUUGUUCAGAACGGUGAGCUCAAGGAAUUCCAAGUAAAAGGGGUUAACUUCAUGGCAUAUAACUGGGUUCGUGGCCGGAAUGUGGUUCUUGCGGAUGAGAUGGGUUUAGGAAAGACCGUUCAAACUGUGGCCUUUAUCAAUUGGCUGCGGCAUGUCAGGAAUCAACAAGGCCCCUUCAUUGUUGUUGUGCCGCUCUCCACAAUGCCCUCUUGGGCAGAAACUUUCGACAAUUGGACUCCUGACUUGAACUAUGUGGUUUACAACGGCAACGAAGCUGCCCGAAAUAUUAUAAAGGAAUAUGAAUUAUUGAUUGAUGGAAAUGUUAGACGACCUAAGUUCCAUGUCCUCCUGACUACUUACGAAUACGUUCUCGUGGACGCGACCUUUCUUAGCCAAAUCAAAUGGCAAUUCAUGGCCGUUGACGAAGCUCAUCGGUUGAAAAAUCGCGAGUCGCAACUUUAUGCUAAGCUCUUUGAAUUCAAGUCGCCUAGUCGACUGCUGAUUACUGGAACCCCGGUGCAGAAUAACCUAGGCGAGCUCUCUGCUCUGAUGGAUUUCCUCAAUCCUGGGCUGAUCCAGAUUGAUGAGGAUAUGGAUCUAGGUUGUGAAGCAGCCAGUGUUAAAUUGGCGGAGCUAACUAAAUCUAUCCAGCCUUACAUGCUUCGUCGGACUAAAUCGAAGGUCGAGUCAGAUUUACCUCCCAAGUCGGAGAAGAUCAUUCGAGUCGAAUUGUCCGACAUACAACUGGAGUACUACAAAAACAUACUGACGAAAAACUAUGCUGCCCUCAACCAAGGAAGUAAAGGACAGAAACAAUCCCUUCUUAAUAUCAUGAUGGAGCUCAAAAAAGCUAGCAACCACCCCUUCAUGUUUCCCAACGCAGAAUCUCGCAUUCUAGAGGGCAAAACUGGCCGUGAAGAAAUGAUGCGUGCCCUCAUCACGAGCAGCGGAAAGAUGAUGUUACUGGAUCAACUCUUGGCCAAACUGAAAAAGGACGGUCACCGUGUCUUGAUUUUCAGCCAAAUGGUCCGCAUGCUUGACAUCUUGGCUGACUAUAUGGAUGUUCGUGGCUACGCCUAUCAACGGCUAGAUGGAACAAUCGCCGCCGGUCCUCGACGCCUUUCUAUCGAGCAUUUUAAUGCCCCAGAGAGCAAUGAUUUUGCGUUUCUUCUCUCCACUCGUGCAGGAGGCUUGGGGAUUAACCUCAUGACUGCUGAUACCGUCGUCCUCUUCGAUUCUGACUGGAACCCUCAGGCUGACCUUCAAGCAAUGGCACGUGCACAUCGAAUUGGCCAGACUCGCCCUGUGAGCGUUUAUCGCCUCGUUUCUAAGGAUACUGUUGAAGAAGAGGUUCUCGAAAGAGCAAGAAAUAAAUUGCUCCUCGAAUUUAUUACUAUCCAGCGAGGAGUUACUGACAAGGAAGCAACUGAACUUAAAGACAAGAUGACACGUGCUGGCCACCAAAUCAGUGAACCGACCUCUUCUGACGAUAUAUCCCGCAUUCUCAAGCGACGCGGCCAGCGCAUGUUCGAGCAAUCUGGCAACCAGAAGAAGUUAGAGGAAUUAGAUAUUGAUUCUGUCCUGGCGAAUGCUGAAGAGCAUAGAACUGAACAACCCGAAGGCAUGGAGGUAGACGGUGGAGAGGAGUUUCUAAAGGCCUUUGAGUUUGUCGACGUUAAAGUGGAUGAACUCACAUGGGACGACAUCAUUCCGAGGGAGGAACUCGAACAAAUCAAAGCAGAAGAAGAACGUAGAGCGCACGAGCAAUUCCUGGCGCAAGAGAUUGAGCGAAGUCAGCCGCGCAAACGGAAAGAGCCAUUCGAUGGGCGACAGGAGCGUCAAGCGAAACGACGAGCCCGGCAACAAGUCAAUAUCGACGCUGAUGACGUAUCAGAUGCACCACCGCCGCCUGAUCCGAGCAGGCCUCUUAGUGAGAAGGAAUAUAGACAUCUCAUCCGCGCGUACCUUCGAUAUGGCGACAUAAAUGAUCGGCAAGACGAUUUAAUCAGAGAAGCAAGGCUCAGUGACCGGGAUAUCGAUGUUGUGAAAGCUGCAUUGGCCGAGGUAAUCGAGAAGGCCCAUGCUCUAUUAAAGGAGGAAAAUAACCGCCUCGAUGCCCUCGAGCGUGAAGGCAAAAGCUUCACUAAGAAGGAACGGAAAGCAAUACUCUUUGACCAUCAAGGUGUUAAGCGGCUUAAUGCAGAGACAAUCGUUGAGAGACCAAAUGAGAUGCGAAUUCUGAGGAAUGCUACGGCCGAUGUAGCUGACCCUCAAAACUUUCGCGUUCCUGAAGCUACGAAAGGUGCUGACUAUACCUGCGCUUGGGGCGCACGUGAAGAUGGCAUGCUCUGCGUUGGAAUAGCUCGCCAUGGCUAUGGCGCCUGGACACAGAUCCGCGACGACCCUGAUCUUGCUCUUGCCGACAAGCUCUUCCUUGAGGAACAUCGGGUUGACCGGAAAGCGGAGCGUAUGAAUGGCGGCGGAAAGGGCACGACAAAGUCCCCUGGAGCUGUCCAUCUGGUCCGUCGCGCAGACUAUCUUUUGUCGGUUCUGAAGGACAAGAUAAGCAAUGGUGCUAGUGUCAUUGCGAAGAGGGCUGUGGAUAACCAUCAUCGCAAUAACAAGAAAAAUGCUAUACAUUCUAGAGGCAAUGCAAGCGGUAGUGUCUCAGCCUCCCCUUCACCUUCCCUCUCUCGCAAAGCCCGAGACUCAGACAAAUCCCGAUCUCGUGUCCACAAGUCUCGAGAUAGCGCCGAUCUUUCGAACACCCCCACAGGUGACAACAGGCCUGGCCACGGCUCUAGCAAGCAUCGACGUUUGAAGGACCACCGGCGAGACGAGAACGAUCGCGAUCGUUCCGGCAAAGCCCGCAUGAAGGCUCGUGGGGAAGAGAAGGAUCGUUAUCGCCAUAGCAAUGACAGCGGUGGAACCUGUGUCGACAACAACAGUAACGACGCAAUACUCAAAGUUAUCUUCAAGCCCGUCCAAGAACAUCUUAGGAAGGUAUCUCAAGUCACCAAGGAGAACAUCCCAAGCAAGCAAGAUCGAGCGGGAGAGUUGCGCCGGUUACUUCUCCUGAUUGGCCGGUUUAUUCGAAGCACUUUGGACGGGAACGAAGCACGAGCUUCGCUAGAGGACCGGUUGUGGGGAUACGCUGCGACAUAUUGGCCCAACAAAGCCACGCCAGCAGCUGCGCUGCAUAACAUGUUCGAUCGCCUUAUGGAGGUUGAGAAGGCCGAAUCGACCCAACAACGAUAAUACACAAGGACCCUUUUCAUAUCUUUGUGCUGGCUACCGUUGUCUUACGAGACCCUUUCAGAUUUGGCCUUUAAUUUUUUUUUAUAUUUUUUUUAUCUCAGUUCAUGUUUUUUACCUCUUGUUAACGCGCCAUCUCGCCGAGCGUCGGGAGGCGUAGGCUUCCUUUCUUUCCUCCCUCCGCAUUUUGGGUGCAUUUGCCCAGCAUAUAUUUGAGCUUUUUGAGCUUGGAGUUUUUAUGGAGGGGGUGUUAUAUUUACUUAAAACUACAUGACAUUGCCCAUCUGCAUUACUUUCUCACCUGUCGCUUUUAACAUUCUAGACUUCCCCAGCAUGAUGGGUGGCGGAUCGUUAUCUUAUCUUUAUAUUCACUAUCUAUCAUCAUGUUUUCUCUGUUCUUUCUUUCUCUCUUCAUGUCGAUGUUUAGCUCUCUCUUAUUUGCUGCAUAGCGACGGUGUUUUUAUUCUACGCUAUUCGCCAACCUUCAGAGCGGUGGGACUUUUGUGUAUCAGAUCUCUUUUUUUAAGUGGGUGUAUGAGUGAGUGAGACGACGAGUUCAAUCUUUGUUGAUUUAACGCAGUUUCCUAAAAAACCCUCUACUUUUUACAGGGCAGAUUAUCUUGCUAGAUAUUCUUUCUAUUAUAACAUGGUGCUCUUCACCUGUUUUCUGUGCUCAUAUGUGUCUUCUUUUCCGAUAUAUAAUCUUUUCUUUUUCUCUCCAAAUACAUUAUCAUGUCAUUCCUGGCUGGCUGGCUGGCUGGCUCGUGCGUUGGAGGUUGCGGAGUUUGUUCUCUUUUCUCCUUGAGGCUGGAACGGAUUAACAAAAGAAAUGUCCCACGGGGGGAGUUCUACCAAGUCAUUCUUGAAUUUUGGUCUUGCGUAUAUCUUAUUUCUUGACAAAAGUGAAAAAUAAUAAUACGUCUACAGGAGGAUGCUAUUUCUUGUAUUCAAUAUUCUUUGUGAAACAUAUAUUCGACGUAUCCGAAUACAGGUAGGGUGGGAUCUAAGUAACUAUGAAUAAUGUUUCUUGGUAUGGUUGAGUUUUCAGGCUAUCAGGAUAAGCUGCAUACAUAUAUAUCAAGACAGCCUACGGUAACCUGCCUCUAUUGAGCUCAUUCUUCCGUCAUAAUCUCUUAACUGCACCGUUUUGGCAUCCCUCUAUCACUCGAAAAUAAACUAUCCUGAGGGCCAUGGAGGUCAAUAGACGACACGAUCACUGUUGAAAGAUUAAUUACCCAACGGCUCCCAACCAAAUCGACAGCGCCUCGACUAAAAUGCUAUCCUCCAUUUGGCAAUCUCGGUCAAUCAGUUUCCAACAAACAGUACAGGGAAACGUAUUCAAGGCAAUCAAUCAUUGGUCGAUACCGGCGUUAGUCUGCCAAGGACAACAGAAAGAGGAUUUUCGUUGUUGAAACCCGCGGGUUUUGUCAGGGAUAUCAGACAUCUAUUGGGUUUCAACUUUCUGGUCAAGGAGCAAGAACGGCAAAGUAUGCCCAACUAUUUUUGUAAGAGGGUCGUGGCAUUUUUUUGCAGUAUGUGUUCGUGCUAUUCGGGGUGAGCUCUCUAGGCGAAGUCAAUGGCCGUUCCGGUUAUUUCAGUCGACGCGUUGUCAAGUGGGUAGGGAUAGAGGAAAUAUACAUGACGUAUUCUGAGAUAUGGCAAUUGAUUGUUAAGUUAUCAAAGUUUACAAGAAAGAAACAAGCCCAACCUGGGGAUAUUUGACGCUGUAAAUCGGUGCUAGAUGCUAAAAUAAUACAGUAAUAAUAAUGAAAGGAAAAGCCGCCGCCCUUCCCAUGAAAUAUCAAAAUCAAAAUAGUCUGUUCGCCC